GAUUACAGCGCACACGUCCUGCCUCUGAAAUGAGUGCAGAAGAAACCAGGAUUACAACUACACUAAUCUGAGAAGCACAUCUGCACGAACAUGUAACCCCAGCAAACCAUCAGAGGUCGGCGAACGACUGCGAUCGGACUGGAACAUCACUUCACAGCUUUAUUGGAUGUCGAGAAUCAAUUAUAAAAAAGCAGUUUAGUACACAAUACUACAACCUGAAGCUCAAGGGGAAAACGGAGGCAAAAAUAUCUGCUGGCUGGGAAUCUGCAACUAAAACAAGAAGCUCCGCCUGCCGGCCCCAGCCACCUGUUCGUACAGGCAGCGUUCAAUACUCCGGUGCCAGUGUGCGGAAAACCGGUGGCAUCUUUUAUUGGGGCGAAGAGUGCGUGAGAUGGGAAGAUGUAAAGAAGAUUUUGGAACUCGCAUCCAAUGAGAGCCAAGACGCACAUAGCCAGUGACCUUCCCGGACAAGGACGCUUCAUACUUCUCGACAGGACAGUUGUGGAUAACCGUUCUCCUCUGGCACCAACCCGCUUCUUUCCCUCCGUCUUUCCGCACGAGCCUCCUUGCCUCUCCCUCCCUCCAGCUCACGGACGAUGAUGUGACCUUCUGCCAAACUGCUAGAGACCAUGCCACCGUCACAGUGGGAUCUUCUGUCUACACUGAAAUAGACUCAAACAGGAGCCGAGAGCAAAGGAAAGAGAGAGAGAGAGAGAGAGUGGGGGGGGACAGGGGACCGGGAAAAAAACCAGGACGAGUCACGGAGGAGAAAUGUGCUGUGGGAAGUCCGGGCUGCAUGUGGUUUGCCGAAGCAGGAGCCCUAAACGGACAAACUGCUGUUUCGUAACUACGUUAUCUCCUUCUGCAAAGAAGCGAAAAUGUGACGAGAUCUUAGUUCUGUGUCAGCCACCGUACACUUCGAAAGGGAGUGGGGAGGGUGUGAGCCGUUGGUUGCAAUUCGCUACCUCACCACUAGAUGCCGCUAAAUUUCACACACUGGACGAUCAACUUUGAAGAUCUUGUGAAAUGAGGCAGUAGGCGACUGAGAUGGGCGUUCAUCUAGGGUGUCUCAGCGACACACUGUGGCUGCCGUUGCUGCUGCUGUUGUCCGUCAGCUCCGUCCCCCGUUGCCAGGGCCGACCGUACAGGACGGUUGAGCCCACCGUGAACGUGGCGGUGGUCUUCAGCGGCUCCUCCUACCAGAUGGAGAUCAAAGGGCGACUGAGUCGGGAGAACUUCCUGGACCUGCCGCUGGAGGUGAACCCCAUCACCGUGCUGGUGAACAACACCAACCCGCGCACCCUACUGACUCGCAUCUGCGACACGCUGGCUGCUAACAGGGUGCACGGAGUGGUCUUUGAGGAUAACAUUGGGUCGGAGGCAGUGGCGCAGAUCCUGGACUUCAUGUCGACGCAGACGGCGGUGCCCAUAGUGGGCAUCAGCGGGGGGUCCGCUGUUGUCUUACCGCACAAGGGUGACGGCUCUACGUUCCUUCAGCUGGGUUCUUCCAUUGAACAGCAGAUCAAUGGCAUGUUUAAGGUGAUGGAGGAGUACAACUGGGACAGUUUUGUGGUGGUGACCAGCUUGUACCCGGGCUACGACACGUACGUGUACUACAUCCGCUCCUUUAUCGAUACUUCCUACUUCCUGUGGGAGCUGCAAGACAUCCUAACGUUCGACAUGUCCGCGGACGGCAUGAACGAUCUCCGAGCCCGAAGGUUACUUCAACAGAUCGACGCUCAGGUGCUUCUGGUGUACUGCUCGCACGAUGAAGCCCAAUACCUGUUCUCCAUGGCCAGGGAUGUGGGAUUGGUCGGUCCAGGGUAUAUUUGGUUUAUUCCAAGCCUGGCUGUGGGAAACCCCAACAUGCAUCCACCAGACAGUUUUCCCAUCGGAUUGAUUAGUAUAAUCACAGAUCGCUGGAAAAUGAGCAUGCGGAACAGGGUCAGGGAUGGUGUGGCCAUUGUCGUCAAAGGAGUGGAGAGCUUCCGCAAGCAAAGAGGGUUUAUUCCCGACGGACACAUGGACUGUCAGAGUGCGGUUCAGCCGGCUAAAAAUGACACCCUUUACAGGCACAUGCUGAAUGUGUCGUGGGAGAACACGGACUUUUCCUUCAACAGUGAUGGAUAUCUGGUCAAUCCCUCCAUGAUCAUAAUCACUCUGGACCGCAGCAGGCAGUGGGAUAAGGUGGGAAAUUAUGAGUUUGGUAUACUGCAAAUGAGAUACCCUGUCUGGCCACGUUACGGGACUUACUUGGAGACCGUGUCGGAUAACCGUCACUUAACAGUCGCCACGUUAGAGGAAAGGCCUUUUGUCAUUGUAGAAGCUGUGGAUCCAGUUACCGGCACCUGCCUCAGCAACACUGUUCCCUGCAGACGCCAAUCAAACAAGACAGAAACGAUUGUUGGACACACCGAGCCCUACACCAAACUCUGCUGCAAGGGCUUCUGCAUUGACAUUCUGAAGAAACUCUCACGCAACAUCAAGUUCUCCUACGACCUCUACCUGGUCACCAACGGUAAACAUGGGAAACUCGUACGUGGGGUUUGGAACGGCAUGAUCGGAGAGGUGUUUUAUAGAAGAGCAGACAUGGCCAUCGGCUCUCUCACCAUAAAUGAGGAGCGCUCUGAGAUCAUCGACUUCUCUGUGCCGUUUGUGGAGACUGGAAUCAGUGUGAUGGUGGCCAGAAGCAAUGGAACAGUUUCUCCGUCCGCUUUCCUGGAGCCAUACAGCCCGGCCGUGUGGGUGAUGAUGUUUGUCAUGUGUCUUACUGUUGUUGCAAUCACUGUGUUUGUGUUCGAAUACUUCAGCCCUGUGGGCUACAACCGCAGUCUGGUUAGUGCCAAAGAUCCAGGUGGACCAACAUUCACCAUUGGAAAGUCAGUCUGGCUGCUGUGGGGAAUCGUCUUUAACAACUCGGUGCCCAUUGAAAACCCCAAGGGCACCACCAGUAAGAUCAUGGUGCUGGUGUGGGCCUUCUUUGCCGUGAUCUUCCUGGCCAGCUACACUGCUAACCUGGCAGCCUUUAUGAUCCAGGAGCAAUACAUCGACACUGUGUCCGGGCUGAGUGACAAAAAAUUCCAGAAGCCACAAGACCAGUAUCCUCCAUUCCGAUUCGGUACGGUGCCCAACGGCAGCACAGAACGAAACAUCCGGAGCAAUUAUCCAGAGAUGCAUGCUCACAUGGUGAAGUACAACCAGAAAGGUGUGGAAGACGCCCUCAACAGCCUCAAAACCGGGAAGUUGGAUGCCUUCAUAUACGAUGCAGCUGUGCUGAACUACAUGGCUGGAAAAGAUGAAGGAUGUAAACUCGUGACUAUCGGUAGUGGGAAGGUGUUUGCAACUACAGGUUACGGUAUCGCGCUUCAGAAAGAAUCUCGGUGGAAGCGACCCAUUGAUCUGGCUCUUCUCCAGUUCCUCGCUGAUGGUGAAACUCAGAAACUCCAGACCGUGUGGUUGACUGGCAUCUGUCGUAAUGAGAAAAAAGAGGUGAUGAGUUCUAAACUCGACAUCGACAACAUGGCCGGAGUGUUUUACAUGCUUCUGGUGGCCAUGGGUCUCAGUCUGCUGGUCUUUGCUUGGGAACAUCUGCUGUACUGGAAACUGAGACAUUCUGUCCGCAGAUCUGAACGCUUGGACUUCUUAUUGGCCAUCAGCAGGGGAAUCUACAGCUGUUAUAACGGUGUGGAGGACACAGACCGUAAUGGGAACCUGCAGAACCCAGAUGUCACCACCAGCUACACUCAGGCCAACAUGCUGAAGAUGCUCCAGACGGCUAAAGACAUUGUCUCAUCCACGAGAGUGGAAAAUUCUUUGGACAACGCCACCAAGACCAUCGAGAACUGGAGUCGCAGAGACCCCGAGUCUGCCAGAACAAGUCUUCCCACCUGCCUCAUAGGAACUGACUUCAGCCACAGUCGCCUCCCCUGCAUUUCCAGCGUCACAGACAACCAUUCCUCUUACCCUCAAAACGUGGAUGGCACUGCUCAGCACCUGCUGGAGAAGCCUCACGUGGGGAUACGGCCUACCUCACUGCGCUACACCCUUCCCGCACGAACCAGCCAACAUCACAUUUACGAACGAGCGCUUCCCAUAUCUAGCCUCAGCACUCCCCACAUCGCCAUAAGAGACCCGCCGCCUCCGACGGCCCCGAAACCCCACAUGUACGUGGAUCCGUCCUGUCACCACCCUACCUCUCGCUACGUCCCGUACCGUGAUUUUCAGGUACCGGACAUCUUCGUGGAGAACCAGGAACUUUCGGGAAGCCAUAAACAAUACAAGGCAGGUCUCAGUCGACAAAAGAGGUCCCACAGCUACGUGGCGGCGUCUCCAGAGACUCGACGGAGGGACGACUAUGACGUUCCUCAAUCCUGUCUGGCCGAUCUUAAAUGCAACCAUCUCAUGGAAAACCAUUCCCACACCACACCCUGCAUGAGAAGCCACUACCAGAGAACCACGUCAAGCUGCAACUCCUGCACAAAGCUGUAUCUAGAACCAGACAUGGAUGACAUUCCACUUCUGGGGAAGGACAAAAUCAACCGCCGCGCCUCUUUUCUCAGGGCCACGUGGGGUGGCGACCGCAUCCGGCAGGUGGACGAGAAGCCCACCACCUCUGCAUCUUCUAGCAACAUGCCUGACCUUUUCCCGAGAGUUUUAAUGACGAAUCCCAAGCCCUCGAAGAUGUACGGGAGCGCCGGCAACAAUCAUCGUUACAACAUGGCGGUGGAACCAGCCUAUCUGGACCCGGCCCAUAUGGGCUCCUACCCGUAUAAACCACAGAAGAUCAAGUACUCAACGUCCAUCCGUCUUCCAUCAUACCGGGAGGCAAUUCUACAGAACACGGCAGCCCUGCGUCGUUCCUCCUCCACACUAGUGCACGGACACUAUUCGACGUACCUGAACUCGUACACGGACAUGCCCGUGUACCUGGGGCCUUUACCGCAGGGACCCGCCCAUUUCCACGACCACUCCAAAGACAUGUGCCACUUGUUUCCCUGCGUCAACCAUUGCCCGGAUAACGCUGCCCUGGUGCCCAGGUUAGGCAGCAGACACACGGCGUACCAGAGCACAGCUAUUGGGGGCUACGAGGGGCCCGGGCGCUCGAAUGAGCAGUUGCUGCACACCGUGCCAGUGUCUUCUGUGCGUAGGGACCGCAGGCAGGUUCUAGUUGCACGGAAUGUACACAGUCCCUACACCCCGAGGCCCUGGGGGAGGGUGUCUAGUCUGGAGUCAGAGGUGUGAAGCCCUUUUAGGAUGUUAGACGGUGUCCCUAACAGGACAAAAACUGCUCAAUGGAAUCAAGCAAAAAAUCGGAAGGUGUACUACAGGUGGUAAUCUCAGUGCAAUAAAACAAUAAGACUACAGGGAUGGGCCGGGGGAAUGUAGAAGUGAUUACUGUGGAGACUUUCAAUAUAAUGAAAAUAAAAGUUAAAAUAAUAUUGAAAUGUUUAUUAUAUAUAAUCUAUUGAUUGUUAAAGCGUUUUUAAUGACAUUAUACCUACUACAUUAACAAUCAGAUAUAGCAUGUUUUAUGGCAGCUUUAAACCAGAGGGGUUUAAAUUCACAAUGUUUUAUUUCUUUUGCCAGGGCGCUCUACUAUUUUAAAUCUGGACCCUAUUAAACUGUAGAAUUUUAUAACAGCUACACAAAAACGUCUUCCAAGAAUUUUAUAAAUCCAGGGGUUUGAGAAAGCCAUGUUAAAUCAAUUUUGUCACUCCGCAAAUGUAAUACAGUUCUGAUUUUCGAUGAAUGAUGAAAAAAGUGAUUUGACAUCUGUAGUUCCACAGCUAUUUCACGGUUUAAUAAAUGAUGGGAUGGCCUGAUGGCCAGUUGAAAGAGACUCUGUUUGUUCAUUUUGCAAAUGAUCAUCAGAUUUUGUUUCAUUAGCAACCAAACCUUUAACUAAACAAAUGAAAUAUAAGCAGAUCAAACUUCUUGAAGUGAUAUCCCAGUUGAUUUUUGUGAUCAGUAGAAGGUGCUUUUACAGUUUCUCCUUUGAAGCCAUUGAGUGAGUUCUGCAGUUCCGAGGAAGUUGGAUGACUUGAGAUUUGAAACGUGUAAAUGAUGUCCAGCAGAACAAAGCCAUCUUCAUUCUCUGUGUGUGAAAAUGGUGUGCUUUUGCGAAUCCAAACGAAGAACUGUACAUUUGUAAAUCUAAUUCAUUUUACACUGUAAUGAACCGCUAACCGCUAAAUAACUUUAAUUUAUUAUUUUUUACUUUAACUUAAUGUGGGAGGAGUGGAAAAUAAUAAUAAAAAGUAAAAUAAAGUAUAAACUAAGGAUUAUGUAUGACGUGCUUUAAAGGGACAUGAAAAUUCUUUCAUUAUUUAUUCACUAUCAUGUCAUUUCAAACCUCUAUAACUAUUCUGCAGAACACAAAAGAAGAUAUUUUGACGAAUGUUGGUAACCAAACAACAUUGACCCCCAUUGACUUCCAUUGUAUGAACGCAACACCACAGAGACAUUUCUCAAAAUAUCUUCUUUUGUGUUCCCGAAGACGGAGUCAUAUCCAGGUUUUGAAUGACACGAGGCUGAAUAAAUGAUGACAUAAUUAGUAAUUUUGGGUGAACUAUCCCCUUAAUGCAUUAAAAGGAAUUAAAAAGACAUGAACAUGCCUGACACUAAACAGCGGUCAUUUGUUUGUCGACCCGCUGCUGUCUUCAGCUAUAGUUGCGAGCAGGUUAAACGCUGACUCAGCAUGGUCGUCGGCUUCCCGAGGGUACCUUAAUUCAUCUCUCAACAUUCAUCUUUUCGUCCCGCAGAGAUCUUCUGUAGUCUCGACCCUUCCCGAGGGCCACACGAGGUCUGGAAGGGCUCCAGCUCCACGUCUGUAAAGAUCAAGGGUCAGUAUAAUAAAGGCUGGACGAAUGGUGCUGAUUGACCCGAGGGAAUCCUCUGUUUAAUCGCGCUGGUUUAAAUUGAUGCGCAUCUGGGCAGCGAGCCAAUCGGCAGGGACGCGCUAUCGACCUACAGCGUCAAGCCCCUCUUCAUUUAGUCCCCUUGAGAUGAAAUGAGAUGAGAACAUAACUGAUGACCAUGAAGACCAGACUCUUGAAGGAGGAAUGAAACCUUCAACUCCCCUUCCAGUGGACUGUCAUCAAAGACAGAAAAGAGAGUUGGUAAAGAGUUUUGGUCUGUGAAUGUGUAACAUUCAUUUUCCCGGCCCGGCUAUUGUUAUCAGAAUUUAUCUGCCAAUUUCCCCAAUCAGAAGAUUUGGCGUCUCACCUCAAAGAUGGAAUGCAGUUGGCACAAAGACACAAUCUGAGGUUUAUCCCUAUAUCUCCACAGUCUGAUCCGUGUUUGUCUAACACAACACAAAUGAUCCCUGACGGACAUAGACUAGUUAGAUGACUCAUGCAAAUGUUCUUCAUGAUAACUGGGACACGAUGGAUGGAUUUCUUUCAUCACCUCACGUGUAGCAGUGGGAGGGGUUUCAGAAUGGGCGUGGCUAAAGAACAGAAAGGUUGAGAACUAUGAAACGACUAUAUGUGUACAAGAGUACUGUAUGAGCAUGGCUAGAAACAAAGUAUGAAUAUAAAGUCCCUCACAGAUGAGAUUUAUCAUGACUGAUUUGUUCUAUGGAGAGGUGAUCCAUUUUUAAGCCUGCGUCCAGUAUCAUUUUUAAUAACUGCAGGAGUGAAUGAUGGUUCAGAGAGGCCAUGUUUGAUUGCAUUUAAUGAGAAAGGCCGGAGCUUUUGUAUCUAUAUAAUAGAAGUCAAUGGUAUCAAUGUUGUUUGGUUAACCAACGUUCUUCAGAAUAUCUUCUUUUGUGUUCCGUAGACAGAAGAAAGCCAUACAGGUUUGAAACGACAUGAGGAUAAAUAAAUAAUGAAAACACAAUUGCAUUUUACUUGUGUGCUACUGAAACGUCAAUCUUUUACAAGCCAAAUCAAUCACGGAUGUCUGCAUCGGGUCAUUCGCUAAACCCCACUGAUGCAAAUAAACCACAAAGGGAUGGAACGAGCCAGACCCUGAUGUAUUACGACUUCAUCCACAAUCUGCUUGGCCUCCAUCCAAGUUCUAACAGAACCGGGGCUGUAAACUCAUGCCAGUAGCCCACCGAGAGGGCAGCGUCUAGAGCUUCGAUUCUGUGGGCAGAUGCCAAGACAUCUCGGGCGGCUCAACGGCGUGUGCCGUGAGUGAGGUGGCACAUGGACAGUAAAGCCGGUGUGAACUGAAUGACCGAGGCAGAUUGUGGACCAUGAUGGCUUCUGAUCUUCGCCAUCCAUUAUUAUGCUCUUGCAGAUGGGUCGAGCUCCCAUAGGGAGAUGCUGCUCACGGUCACUCAUCUGGACGCUCAGAUCUCUCAUAUGGGUGGUUAGCCGCUGAUGAGCUGCUGGGAUAGUGGACAAAAUGAUGAAAACUAGACUUUCAAUUGUACUUGGCCAUGGAAGUCACGGUGGGUGGUUGCCAGAGCGUUGCCAUUCAGUUGCUAAAGUGUUUUAAUGAAAGGUUUUCCCAAAACUGGUAGGUCUGAUGUCAAUAUUUGGAGGUUUAGAUACCAUGUUAAUGCUUAAAGUUUCUAUAGUCAAGUGAACUGUUACAUCCAUAACGGUCCAUAUUUUUCAUAAAUAUCUGCAUCA